GGUGCAUAUGAGUUGACAAGGAGCGUCCAGACGUUACGCACACGGACUUAAGUUUGGAGUUUAGUUUAGCUGAACUUCCAGCGCUUCAACUCACCGAGUGGUCGAUCAUGCUCAACAAAGAAGAAAGAGAGGAAGUAAAAUAAAAAGCCGGACUGGAUGUGACUCAUAUGAAUUAUGCCUCUGACUGUAAUUUACUGAGUGGGAGCGCGCUCCUCCGGGCUGUGGUGAAUAUAUGGUUGACUCAAGAACCCAGAACAUUUGUGUUAUAAUUUGCUUCUUGGGAACUUAACUCAUAACUGUUGUGAUGGAGGGCCACAUGUUGUUUACAUGGAUGCUGUUGUGUGUACUCCUGCGGCCGUCAACUGCACAGAACCCCGCACCUGAAGGAGUUCUGAACUGCUGCGAGGGCGAUGUCCUCUUCUUACUGGAUUCUUCAGGGAGUGUGUCAUCCUAUGAGCACUCCCGCAUGCUGACCUUCCUGUCUGAGCUCCUCCUCCCCUUCUCACUGGGAGAGGACCAGGUCAGGGUAGGACUUUUGCAGGUGGGCACCCGACCUCGCCUUGAGUUUGGCUUUGAUGCACACAGCACCCAAAGUAGCCUCCAGGGGGCUUUGAGGGGCAUCAAACCUCUCAGGGGGGACACCAACACAGUGGCGGCACUGAAAAUGGCAAAGGAGUCGGUGCUGAGACCCGGAGCAGCAGAUGGGGCCCGGGCAGAGCUCCCCAGAGUGCUUGUGUGGUUGACAGAUGGGGUGAAACCGGGUGAUGUGAUUGGACCAAUGGCCGAGCUGCGAGAGGAGGGCGUGGCCGUGCUGGUGGUCUCCACUGGGCAUGGCAACUAUCAGGUGUUGAGGCAAGUGGUGACUCCGCCUGUGGAAAACCACCUGUACUUUGUGGACAUCGAUGACAUGACUAUCAUCUCAGAGGACCUGCGGGAUGCCAUCAUUGAGAUUAUCCGAGCUGAGCGAAUCAACGUCCGUGACGUCUCUACCAACUCAGCCAUGCUCCAGUGGCGACCUGUUCUGUCCGGUUUGACGGGCUACUAUGAGAUUCGCUUCCGUCCAGUCCCAACAGGGGGAGCAGGAGGUGGUGGAACAGGGGGAACUGGGACCAGUCCAAGCACUGGUGGUACUCAUUACCAGAGGCUAGUCCAGCCUGCAGACUCCAGCACUGCCAGGCUAACAGGCCUGAAGCCUGACACCACCUAUACCGCCACACUGACUGCAGAGUCCAAUGAACAAGCAUUUAACACACUCUCCGUCACCUUCACAACAAAGCCAGAGGUGCUGAGCCCCGCUGUGGUAACAGUCUCUGAGUCGGGGCCAACCAGUGUUCGGGUGAGUUGGGGUCCUCCUCAGCCGGAGGAGGUCGCAAGUUACUACAUCGAGUACUCUGCCCUGCCCAGGGGCAAGCUCCAUGCUGUCACCGUGAGCCGAACGCAAAACUCCACACUCCUCAGGGACCUCCAACCAGAUACCACUUACUUGGUCACCGUUAGUGCCCGCCACACCUCGGGCAAGGAGAGGGCCAUGUCUGUCAAAGUGUGUACUCAGGAAGUGACCCCAGCCCUGGCAGACCUCCAGCUGACCACAGUGGGUAGUGACUCGGUGCAGGUGGACUGGAAGAGCAGCGCAGGCGGUCUGAGGGGCUACUGGCUCACCUGGGAGGGACAGCAAAGCUCUGCUCCCAGCCAACGCUCCUCCUUCUAUUUGCCUCCCGACUCUCAGUCAACCCGCCUCACACACCUGCCCCCAGCAACUAGGGUGUGUGUGUCACCCAUUUACCGGACGGCGCGAGGAGAGGGACUGUGUUGCACGACACAGUUCCAUUCAGAUGCAUUAGCAUACGGCUACCAAUCAUAGCAGCCCUGAGCUGCAAGUGCACCUUACCAAACAUGGAGGGAUGAUGGCAAGAAGAAUGCUGACUUUCAUCCAUAAUUCUUUCCCGUGCCUCUCCCCCCUGUGGAUAUCAUCCAGGAGAGAUGUGUGGUUUGGCUUACUGAGCACUCAUGUGGAAGCCAUAGACAUUUAAAAGUGGUCUGGGACAAUAUGGCCACAUGUUGACUGCUACAAUCUGCAACACAGAGGACUAUUUGCUUUUUAAUUUCUCUUUCUCAUCUGGUUUACACCUGUAUUAAAUGUAUAAUGUUUCAGUUUAAAGAUGCAAGCAUAUGAUAAAGAUAUUUGGGUCUGUUUUGCAGAUACAGAGCAGGGCAUGCUGGGAAUGUUGGAUGUUUUAUGUAGCUUGUUUUGGAGAAAGGCUUUGCACCAUAUGUGGGCCUUAUGCCCAAAUCAGCUUUUUUUCACAGAGAACAUCUGAUUUACAUUUAUAAUGAAUACUUACGAGUUGUACUUAAAUGACUUCUCUUUCCGCACAUGCUUGAUAUACGUGUGUGCACACUGGAGCGCAAAGACAUGAGGUCCCUAAUAACAGGAUCUUCAGGAUUGCUUUGAACUUGAAAGAAAUUACGAACAGACCAUCCACAUGUCCCGUCACUAUGGGGAUGCAGCAUUUGAUACAAAUGUGUAUAACUGAGAGUAGCCUUGUUUUGGUCUCUGGGUAUAGAUCCGUCGUUCAUAUUUAUUAAUCAAGAAUCAUAUAAGUAUGAUAAUUAAUAGCUUACAGUAUUUACAGACAGGCUGUUUACAUAUUAAGACUGUUACCUUUUUUAAGUGAGUCUCUGCUGCCCCCUACUGAAAGGAUCCUUACAGACUUACAGAUGAUCUUUUGCUGUCAGAGCAAAUGUAUUGUUUAAUGUUUGUUGACCACUAUUGAAAUUUAACAUGAGCUUGCAAUAAAGUCAUUUAAUAAUUUUGUUUAUAACAA